GAUUCAGGGCAGCAGUGUAAGGGGAAACAGUGAGCGAGUGCAGUGUGUCAGCGCAGACCGGUGGGCUGAACCCAGACAUUCAGGAAUAUCACUAAAUACAAUCGAGGAACCACGACGGGGUAAAACAGAGCUCCUCUCGGAAGCUGAAUUCUGAACGAGGCGCCGUCUGUUGAAGAGUCAGAAAGAAGAGACCACAGCUUGUUUUCUAUUGGCUUAUGCAGUGGGAUUUGCAAAUUCGCAAGAUUUAAUCCAGGUUGAAUUUGAUUCACUCUCUUCAAGUCUCCUCUGUGAAGAUGGGCUGAUUUUCUUGACCUCUAUAUCAAUCUAAGUCCAUCUCCAUGUCUGAAGACUCCAAACAAUACCUGUUCUCCUCUCUGGAGGGGCAGGACCAAGCUGCUGGCUGUAGUUCCAUGGCUACGCUCCGUCGAAUGAGCGGUUUCGCAGAGGGUGGUGAGCUUGGCCUGGCCUCAGAAGGCAGUGACAGCAGCAGUCAGGACCCUCCUGCUUCGCCUCACAGUGACCACAAGAUGGCGCACUCCUUGCACGAGGAUGUUGAGAUGAAGAGUAGUGGGUCCAGUGGAAGUGGGACUGAAUCGCACGGCAAUGAGUCACACGGCAAUGAAUCGCACGGCAAUGAGUCACAUGGCAACGAGUCGACCGGAAGUUCCAAUGGCAACAGCAAAGAUUCAGCCCUAUUGGAAUCAUCAGGGAGCAACAAGAGCUCCAACUCCCACAGUCCUUCACCUCCUAGCAGCUCCAAUGCCUUCAGUCUGCUGAGUGCCAGUUCUGAACAGGACAAUCCCUCCACCAGUGGCUGCAGUAGUGAAGAGUCUGCUAAAGCAAAGACACAGAAGGAGCUGAUUAAAACACUCAAGGAACUGAAGCUCCAUUUGCCAGCAGAGAAGAGAAACAAGGGCAGCAAGUCUACGACUCUGAAUACCCUCAAAUAUGCUCUGCGCUGUGUUAAACAGGUUGAAGCCAAUGAGGAGUACUACCAGCUGCUUAUGAUCAAUGACAGCCAGCCAUCUGGCCUGGACGUGUCCUCAUAUACGAUAGAAGAGAUCGACAGCAUCACCUCAGAAUACACUCUCAAAAAUACAGAUAUCUUUGCUGUGGCCGUGUCUCUGAUCACGGGGAAGAUUGUUUACAUCUCAGAUCAGGCAGCGUCUAUUCUCAACUGCAAGCGGGAUGUGUUCAAGAACGCCAAGUUUGUGGAAUUUCUAACGCCACAAGACGUCAGCGUGUUCUACAGUUUCACCACUCCCUACAGGCUGCCCUCGUGGAGCAUGUGCACUGGAGCAGAAUCCUCACCUUCUGACUGCAUGCAAGAAAAGUCCUUCUUCUGUCGCAUCAGUGGUGGUAAGGAGUGUGAGGGAGAUUUGCAGUAUUACCCAUUUCGAAUGACUCCGUACCUGAUGAAAGUACAGGAUACAGAGCACACUGAAGAUCAGUUCUGCUGCCUCCUGCUGGCUGAAAGAGUGCACUCAGGCUAUGAAGCUCCAAGGAUCCCCACUGACAAACGCAUCUUUACCACCACACAUACACCCAACUGUGUGUUUCAGGACGUUGAUGAGAGGGCUGUCCCAUUGUUGGGAUACUUACCGCAGGAUCUUAUUGGUACGCCAGUGCUCUUGCACCUGCACCCAAAUGAUCGACCAAUCAUGCUGGGGAUUCACAGGAAGAUCCUUCAGUAUGCCGGUCAGCCCUUUGACCACUCGUCCAUCCGGUUCUGUACGAGGAAUGGAGAGUACGUCACCAUAGAUACCAGCUGGUCCAGCUUUGUCAACCCCUGGAGCCGCAAAGUAUCAUUCGUCAUUGGACGACACAAAGUCCGCAUGGGCCCCGUGAAUGAGGAUGUGUUUGCAGCUCCAGCAACAGCAGAGGGGAAAGUAAUGGACUCAGACAUCCAGGAAAUCACUGAGCAGAUACAUCGGCUAUUGCUACAGCCAGUACAUAAUAACGGCUCCAGUGGCUACGGCAGCCUUGGCAGUAACGAUCAUCUGAUGAGCGUGGCUUCAUCUAGCGAGAGCAACGGUAACGGAACCCGUCCACGCGCUGAGAAUGAGGAGGGCAGCAGAGCCAAACCAAGAACCUUUCAGGAGAUCUGCAAGGGGGUUCAUAUGCUGAAGAACCAGGAACAGCAGUCCAAAAAGAAUUCAGCCACAGAGGUACUCCAAAAGAGUCCAGCAGUUCGGCCCAAAGACUCAGCUUACCCAGUGAACUGGAGAGAGAGUGUGGAUGAGCAGCAGACCACAGUACAGGAGGAGCUCACCUUUAAAGACCAGACUGUCUACUCCUACCAGCAAAUCAGCUGCCUGGACAGUGUCAUCAGAUAUCUAGAGAGCUGCAAUGUGCCUAUCACAGUGAAAAGGAAGUGUCCGUCAUCCUCCAACACCACUUCCUCAAACUCAGACGAGGACAAGCAGAAGGCUGCUGAGAGCUCAAUGAAAGUGGCUGAAGAGUCUGGUCACCUGAAGCCGCAAGCAAGCCUCUCAUCUCUAGACGUCUCAGAAAAGCCAGCCAGCUCGGGUGUGGUGGGCACGUCGCUGACCCCACUGGCUCUACCCAGUAAAGCUGAGAGUGUGGUAUCCAUCACCAGCCAGUGUAGUUACAGCAGCACCAUUGUACACGUUGGGGACAAGAAACUCCAACCAGAGUCAGAGAUCAUUGAGGAUGCCCCUAGUGCUGUUGACACAGCAGAGGGGCCUGCUCUGGCUGUUCCCCCAGCUGCAGUUUCGCCUCCCAGCCAGGAAAGGGAGGCCUAUAAGAAACUGGGCCUGACGAAGCAGGUGCUGGCAGCCCACACUCAGAAAGAGGAGCAGGCCUUCCUCAGCCGCUUCAGAGAGCUGAGGGGAGUUCAUGCUUUUAAAGCAGACUGCUCCCUCUACCUGGAAAGGCAGAAAGGACAGGUCACAUCUGAUGCUGGACCCGCUCGUGUAGUCAAACAGGGGGGAGUCACGGAACCCGCCCCUCGCCGAGGGGGUCGCAACAAGAAGACAAAGUCCAAGCGCGUCAAGCAGAAUGAGUCGUCCGACAGCACUGUCUCACACAGGAAGCAGCUGUCCAGGCAAGAGCUACAGGGCCUGAACCAAACCUCCUGGUCUCCAUCGGACACCUCGCAGUCCACCUAUCCCAUCGCGUACCCAGCUAUGAUGCCCGCAUACCCGCUCCAAGUUUACCCAGGGACCAACAUUAUGGCCCCCCGGGUGGACACCUCACUCUCAGGAUUUGGGGACAGCCAGUGCAGCCAGGACCCACGCUGCCCCGUCCAACCCAUCCAGCCACCUUUUUCAGCCCCUCUGGUCACACCCAUGGUGGCACUGGUGCUGCCGAACUAUAUGUUCCCACAGAUAGGAAGUGCUCCCCGGCAGCCUUGCUACCCAGAGCAAGGGACCUUCACUGCCCAGCCAUCAUAUCCCCCACAGACUGUGUACCCCCCUCAGGCUUCAUUCCAGCCCCAGACGACAUUUCCUGUACAGACUCAGUUCACCACGCAAAAUCCCUUCACCCCGCCAACACCCUUCCCCACCCAGUCCUUCCCCUACACGCUCACAGGUGACCCGCCAAAGCCCGCAGAGACGGAGCUGAGGGAGGGUCAAUCCCGAAGCUCCACUCCUCAAUCAGUGGGUGGGCGGGACCAGUCUUCUCCACCCCUCUUUCAGUCUCGUUGCAGUUCGCCCCUGCAGCUCAACCUGCUGCAGCUGGAGGAGAGCCAGCGGUCUGUGGAGCGACAGGACAGCUCGGCACCCUCUUCUCAAGCCCAGGGGAACUGCACUGCUGCGGCAGAGAAAGGAGGGAAUGCAGGCACGCAGGGCAAAAGUGACAAAAAACAGCUGUCACUCAUUUCGCAUGGUCCAGUAGGGGCCAGAUAUGGGCCAGGGCAUCCUCUGAUCCCGCCCCCCCAACGAGGCCCCCUGUUGUCCAGGGAGCAAGAGAAAGAUGGAGAGGGUUUAUGGGACAGAGUUUUCUCUAAAUUCAGAUGUCCCAGCGAAGAGGAUGAAGGUUCAACAGGUAAUGGCCACCACUGUGAUGCUCUCUCAUCGUCUAGCGACCUGCUGGAUAUCCUUCUACUGGAGGACUCUCGUUCUGGAACAGGUUCCGCCACCUCCGGGUCCAUGGGCUCUGGUUCUAACGGCUGUGGGACCUCCGCUUGUGGGACAUCUGCCAGCGGUGGAUCUGCGAGUGGAACAGGGAGCAGUCACACCAGUAAUAACAGCAGUAACUACUUCGGCAGCGUGGACUCUUCACAGAAGUCCCAUAAGGCCAAGGGGCUGGGUGGUGGCGUUUCAGGGCCCAUGGAGAUGGAGGAGAGUGAGAGUCUGAUAAAGUAUGUACUGCAGGAUCCUCUGUGGCUCCUUGCAGCCAACGUAGAUGAGGCUGUUAUGAUGACAUACCAGCUGCCCUCUCGUGAUGUACAGCGAGUUUUGCGUGAGGACCGUGAGAAGCUGAGGCAGAUGCAGAAGAGUCAGCCGCGAUUCUCUGAGGAGCAGAAAAGAGAGCUGGCUGAGGUUCAUCCUUGGAUGAGGAGAGGAGGUCUGCCCAAAGCCAUUGAUGUCAAGGCUUGUGUCGGCUGUGAGGGAGUGACGGAGACGCUGAUUGAAGAGGAGCUCCCAGACCUGCACAUGGGGGAGUCUGAAAGCAGUGAUGUCACAGCGGCUCCCUCAAACCAGGAACAGUGAAAAAACUUCCUCAAAAAAAGUUAUACACAAAUAUUUCUAUGGUCUCCAUGUUUCAGUGUUGGGGACACUGUUUAUUUUACGAGUGUACAGCAGCCACAUACUCUCAAAGAGUGUGUGAGUGUGUGUGUGUGUUUGGGGGCAGUAUGAAGCCUCAGUAAAUUUCACUGUCAGAUGUGAGUUUUCCAACUCAAACUCUUCAUAGACUUCAUAGUCCUUGUGAUAUAAACUUUAUGAACAUUUCCUUUAUAUUAACAUUCUCAUUCUUUGUUGUUAUGGCAACAGUGAAGAGUAUUUUUGUUUCUUUGCUUUGUUCAUGUGUUCUGCUGUUAUUUUUAUGUUUUUUUCUUUAAAUGGAUGUUCAGGACUUCUGCCAUGUGCCACAUUGUGUUGUAGAACUGCAGUCUGUAAAUUUUCUUUUCAUUCUCCAGAGUAAAUACGAGAAGUGUAGCUUUUGUCUGAAAAGAUUGUCAGUGGGGGCUUCUACUGAAAGACGUUACAAAUAUUUAUUUUUAUAUACAUAUAAUAAUAUAUAAGUAAUAAAAAAUGUAUAUAGCUUUUUAUCUGCUGAAUCUGGAGAAAUGUAUAUUAAAUUAUUUUUCAGACCAGAGCAAUAGAAAAGGAGAAAACGAGAGAACUGCAUGUGGACCAAGCUCAGCGUCACUAUUUUGGAUGAGGCAGAUUUGAACCAAGAACUUUCUUCAAUGUGCAAUGAAAACAGUAAAAUAGUAUAAAAUACUGUAUAACCUAUUAUUUAGGAGAGGAAUACUCUCAAGAAACAUACAGCAAGUCACGCCUUCUUGGCGUACAGGGUAAGACAAUCACUUUGAUCUUCAGUUUAAGGUGAUCAUAAUGUACAAGAACAGGACUAUAAGGCUGCCUUAAGAGAUCUUGUAGAAGAAGUAUGUUUGAGUUUUGACUCUUCUUUCUACAUUUCCUCUUUCCUCUGCCCUGACAGUCAGCCCAGCCGGGUGAGGCCUGAUGUCUGUGCUGAGAAACUAGGUAGCUUUUGGGGGAAGCUAGUUUUGGAAAGUGCUACAGUUGCUAUUGGGGAACAUGUUUUAUCUUAGUCUUAAAAAGGCUGCAGUUAGGACAGUGUGUGCACUCUAAAUGUUACUUUUUGAAAAGUGUUUAUUGUACACCAAAUGUUGUGUGUGUCCAUUGUUAUGAUUACAUAACAUUUGUUUGGAAUAAAAUUUGAUUUUUUA